CUUGCGCUCCGCUGGGCGGGGCUUGGAGGCGGCGGGAACUGCAAUUGGUGGCUUUGAAGGCGCGGCGGGCGGGAACAGCUGCCGAAGAGGGAGACUGAAGGAGAUGAGGGCCGCGCCAAAGAGAUGGAUGAGACUGUUGCUGAGUUCAUCAAGAGGACCAUCUUGAAAAUCCCCCUGAAUGAACUGACAACAAUCCUGAAGGCCUGGGAUUUUUUGUCUGAAAAUCAACUGCAGACUGUAAAUUUCCGGCAGAGAAAGGAAUCUGUAGUUCAGCACUUGAUCCAUCUGUGUGAGGAAAAGCGUGCAAGUCUCAAUGACGCUGCCCUGUUAGACAUCAUUUGUAAGUUUUACUCUGUGCUGCUCACUCAGGAAAGUCAGACAGCUCUACGCCACCAUACCCUGGACUGGGGAAACUUUAUUGUCUCCUGCACUGAGGGAAUUUGGAAAAGCUGGAAAUUAUGCCUUUUUUUUUUUUUUUUUUUUUUAAAUAAGGUGACAGUCAGCUUCAGAGAAACUGAGGAGAAUGCAGUCUGGAUUCGAAUCGCCUGGGGAACUCAGUACACAAAGCCAAACCAGUACAAACCUACCUACGUGGUAUACUACUCCCAGACUCCGUAUGCCUUCAAGUCCUCCUCCACUCUGAGGCGCAAUACACCGCUUCUGGGUCAGGCGCUGACAGUUGCUAGCAAACACCAUCAGAUUGUGAAAAUGGACCUGAGAAGUCGGUAUCUGGACUCUCUUAAGGCUAUUGUUUUUAAACAGUAUAAUCAGACCUUUGAAACUCACAACUCUGCAACACCUCUACAGGAAAGAAGCCUUGGACUGGAUAUAAAUAUGGAUUCAAGGAUCACACAUGAAAACAUAGUAGAAAAAGAGAGAGUCCAACGAAUAACUCAAGAAACAUUUGGAGAUUAUCCUCAACCACAGCUAGAAUUUGCACAGUAUAAGCUUGAAACGAAAUUCAAAAGUGAUUUAAAUGGGAGCAUCUUGGCUGAGAGGGAAGAACCCCUCCGAUGCCUAAUAAAGUUCUCUAGCCCACAUCUUCUGGAAGCAUUGAAAUCCUUAGCACCAGCUGGUAUUGCAGAUGCACCACUUUCUCCACUGCUCACUUGCAUACCCAAUAAGAGAAAGAAUUAUUUUAAAAUUAGAGAUAAAUAAGACAUGCAUGGUUUCAUAAGCUCAGCUCCUCCUUCUUGAUACUGCACAUGCACUUCAGUUCAUGGCUAGCUGUAUAGCUUCUGUCUGUAAACUUGUAUUUUCAAGAAUCUUUGGUAUUGAAUUUUUAGAAAUGCUCACAUAAUUGUUGGGAGUGAUUCAUUCCUCCACGAUAUGCCUCCUCUCUCCGAUAUCCUGCUAACUGUAGCCGCUGUAGCAUUUGAGAUGACAGGACAUAUAUAUAUAUGGCCCCACACUUGACCUUGAGUGUCUGAAUGCUCUGAAAUCAAGCAUAUGGCACAGCACUUGAGACUUUUGAGUUUGUGUCCUUUCUUCUAUGGCUGUCUCUUCUUAAUUCUGGAGAGGUCUGGUUCCACUGGCUGGUUUGCAGGGAUUGAUUCUUAAGCACCGGAUCACAGAAAGCAGCAACAAGAAACUAUACUGAACUCAAAAGUUUUUAGGAGAAUCAUGAAAUUGGUCCAUUCAAAGGAUAGAGUUGAGUCCAUUGUGUUAUUGUUGCAAGAGGUUGCAUAUUUGGUGAGUCCGUUAUAUAAAAUAAUGUUCUUAUUGUAAAUAUGAUAUUUUCAUAAUCUAUUUUACCAUGUAUGUAACAUUCAAACUGACAAAUAUUAUACUGACUUAUGAAUAAAGGUGUCAAAAAACUGGCACAUCAGUUA